AUGACGACGACAUCAUCGCAGCUGGGGAUUGCCUACCCGCUGCAAUUUGCGUCGUCGUUUUGGACCUACCCAGACUACCGAAAUGGUGCUACAGUGCUCUAUUCGCGUUUGCAAGAUGGUCUGGACGAAAAUGAGUCAGUGCUGGCGCUGAUUCAGCACCGUACCUCGGCAGAAUUGGCGUAUUCCCAAACCUUGGAGCAGAUUCCCGCAGCGCCAUGCCAGGGUAUGGAGAUCUUUGCAGGUGCCUCACAGAAAGACAGGGGCGGUUACCGUACCAGCCAAAUGAUCACAGCACAGGCGGCUCGUCAAGUGGCACACACGAUGGGCACGCAAGAUGCACAGGCCCAUGCACGCGUGGCACGACAGCUGGAUGUCCUUAUCCUCGGCCCGUUCAGCGAAUGGUCCAAAGCGCAUGCGGAACGUAUACGCAACAGCUGGAUGAUGAUUGAUGGCUCCUUGACGGCCGUCGAGCAGCAAGCCGAGGAAGUCGCGAAGCGCCGCGCGACGUACGAAUCGCGGUGCUGGCAGGCCGAUGAGGCGGACGAUGAUCACAAGUUCGCACCCACAUACGCACCCUCCUCCAAUGAGAGUACGACCACCGAUUCGGCAUCCUCGUCUGCGCCGGCCGCUGCCCCUACGUCUACCUCUGCACCAUCUACCCAGGGCGAAACGCCAGCCACGAAAGAGGAAGGGGAGGAGGCAGACACGAACAUUACACAUGAUACGGGCCCUGAAUCGAGAGUCUCGGAGGCGGAACUAGUGAAAUUGAAACGGCGCGAGACACUUCGUCAGCAAUUUGGGUUUAAGGCACGUACGCCCUCCGGGCCAGUCAGCGAUACACCUGCCUCAUCCAGUGCCAAAGAACCGUCUUCAACGGCUACCUCACGACUCUCAGCGUACUGGACACUUACGAUGGACCGAAUGCAUGAUUCGUCUGCGUUGGCCCAAGUUCGCGCGGCUGUAUCGGGUCUUUCGGAGCCGCGGCAUGUACGGCUGCGAAGAGAAGCGGAGUCGGCGGAAGAAGCGUACCGCGAGAGUGUUAGGACGCUCGAUGCGCUGCGCUGUCGAGCCGAAGAGGUACUGUUCCACGAGUACCGACACGCACAGAAGUGGGAGGCUGAUCGCGUGGUUGCGCUGCAGCGAGUACUCAGUGCCUAUCAACAUGCGAUUGCUCCCCUGGCGCCUGCAGGAGAAGAACCUGUGUCGCUCCCGACGAUCCAUCCCGCCAUCUACUUGGAGCAGCUUAUCUUGGAGUACCGUACCGGUCCAUUCCGGCCCGCGCCUGCUGUAUUUAAGCCGUACUACCAUGACGAUGCACAUAUGCUUGCCAACACAACCGCUGCAGGCUUUGGCUUGGAUUUGAAAGAAGCUGCCAAGCGUGCUGCAUUAAAGGCACUGGAUGGGCCUACGAUGCCCAGCUUGCCGCCUGUCCUUCACGCCUUGCUAUCGGCCUUGCAGCGCUCGUACGCUGACCAAGCACGCUGGGCCACGGCGAGCGAUGGUGACAUGGACGAGGUGCAGAAACACAAAGCGCAGCGUCGUAUUUGGCUGUACGAUGUGCCCGUGGGCAUGGUCCAUUCCCUACGUGCACAGCUGAUCCAGCAUUACAGUCGCUAUGCAGGAGCUCAGCAUGUGGAUAUGAUCGCGCCAGACAAACUUCUAGAUACCGUGGACGCCCCGAUCCUAGCGGCGACGACGAAGCAAUGGCUAUUGGAGCUCGAUUCGUCGCUGAUUCCUUUGACACUCUGGGAUGAGGUGGCAGCGAUUUACGAAGCAGCGCAGAUCCGUAUCACCAAUGGCGCAGCGCCUACCUCGCCGGAAGUCACGGAGCCCGUGUGCCAAGGCCUUACCAGUGUGCUUACGCGUCUUCCCAAACUGCACUUGGCGUGUCUCGACGCAUUGGUCGCCCAUUUGUACAAAUUGGUUAAGGACACGCCGACAGAUGAAAAGGACGAUGUGUACCUCGCCAAGCUGGGCUUGGCUAUGGGUCGCAUGAUUUUGUGGCCCAAUAGCACACUUCCCUCGAUUGCGUUCUCCGACUACCCUGCAUUGUUCCUCAGGGAUAUAGUGCAACACUAUGAAACGCUCUUCCCGCCGCUGAUGCUCCUCAAGGCAAAAGAGUCGGACUUGAAAGGACUCAGUCCCUAUCGUCCUGGUCCGACGCGGCGCCAUUCGUUGGUGGAUCAGCGGAUCAAGCGCAGUGCCUUGCCAGGUUUGGGCGUCCCGUCGCAGGGCUUGCAACGACGUGCGACACAGCUGGAAACGCGGUACGCAUCAGCGCCAGUGUCGCGUGCGACGCCGACUCGAUCCCGCCCACAGACGCAAACAUUGCGGCCUCUUUCGAUGAGCACGUCAUCAUCUUUCACGUCGCCCCUUCGUGGAGAGGCGACGCGUGCGACACAGACACCUGCGAGCCCAUCCAACGAGGUCAAGACACCAGACGAGGCUGUACGUACGCCGGAUGCGCCAGCAGGCACAGCCACGACAGAGGAGGAAGAGGCACCUGUGGUUACAUCGCCGACGGUUCUCAGUCCCUCCCUGCACAGGAAACGUGAUAGUGUGAGUGAGCGGCGGAAGUUGUUUGAGCAGCAUGCAUCUGGGCAAGCCGGCUCACGACCCUUGCCUAAGCCACGCUCUAGCUGGCCAGUGCCUAUCAAUAUGCCAUCCUCGGAGCCAGAAAUGACGAAGGGGGAGAGUGCGUCGCCUGAUACCUCCUCAUCAUCCGGCACAUCGCUUCGGCGGGGCACGCGUGUCACUUCUGUGAAGGGGCCACGUGGACCUCGUCAAGCCUCGAAAUAG